UCCGAAACGUUCUGUUUGCGUUCUCACAACACUGGCCCUGGAUCAGUAUUGAUGAAGCGCGACGCGAUUAGUGAGUCUUGGAGGCUGAUCCAGGAACGGGACUUGUCCAAAUCAGCGCGCACGUGGUUUUGAAAUUUGUAGCUGAAUGAGAAGGGAAGUAAUAUGCAACCUUAUGCAUUGUUUUGUGUUUAUUUAACCUGUAAUCUGAUGAUCUGAUUUUUGUAAUUAAACGACAGUGAUCGUGUUACUGAAGAUCAAAUGCUAGUCACACUGUAUGUUUUUUUUUAGACAUGACAUUAAAGCUUGUAUCAGUGUGACAUUGGUGGUUUUGUUAUUGCUGCAUCUCAAUGAUGUUGUUUCACUUAAAAAUGUGGAGAACUGCCAGUAGAUUCUCCCAUGUUGUGAAAAAUAAUACAGAUUUCAAGAUUUUUACAUUCCCUUUCUUGGACUGCACUCAACAUGCACUGUAUCACAACUCCAAAUCUUUCUUCUCCCCAAAAGACACUAGUGUUAAAAUUUGUCAUCGGGUAAGACGCAACCCUUUCAAAUCCUCAGAUCAUCUUUCCAGGGUCAUUCGUCCUUCUGCGAAGUCAUCAGGUCCUGAAAGGACGUCUGGACUUGUGCGCAGAGUCUCAUCUGAACUCCAAAAACUGAGCUCAGAGGACAUCAAGAAGCCCGAUCCAGAACCUCAGAAGCUCCCUAAGAGAGCCAAGGACAAGAUCACAGGCGUCCAUCCCCAGAGACAGUCUCAAGAUGAGUUGGUCUUCGGGGUGACCCCUUGUUUACUUGCCCUGACUCAGGGGAAACGCAAGCUCACCCAGCUAUUCGUGAAGCGCAGGGAAGGAAAUCAGAGGGAAUCUGUGGAGAAAGUGUGUGAGGAGGCAGUCAGACGAGGUGUUCCCAUCAAGCACAUCACUAAGAGGGAGAUGGAGAAGAUGACCGGUGGUGCGGUCCACCAGGGGCUGUGUCUUCAGGCCAGUCCGUUGAGGUUUCUCACCAAGGAGAAAUCCAAAAGUCAGCAGGGAAGCUGGAGCACCGUUGGAAGCCCGUGUCCACUGUGGCUCGUCCUGGAUGGAAUUCAGGAUCCGAUGAACCUUGGCGCCGUCCUUCGCACUGCGUAUUUUCUUGGAGUGAACAGAGUAGCAAGUAGCAUUCACAACAGCUGUCCGUUAACCCCCGUGGUGAGCAAAGCCAGCUCAGGAGUGAUGGAGCUCAUGGACGUCUACGGCUAUGAGAACUUGGCUGAUGUGAUAAAGAUAAAGCUCAAACAAGGAUGGCAAGCAGUCGGCACCAUCGGCUAUGACGAGGCCAGUUCGGGAGUAUCCACUGUUCCAUGUUCUGACUUUAAGAUGGCCAAACCUACACUGUUGCUGAUGGGUGGUGAGGGGUUCGGGUUGUCCUCCGAGCUGCGUGAGCUUUGUGACAUUUUCCUCACUGUUCCUCCUAGAAGAGAGCUGCACCCCGCCGUCGACUCGCUCAACGUCUCCGUAGCCACAGGCAUCCUUCUGCAUUCUCUUCUUACAUCAUGUAGAACUGGCCAGUGAGAGGAGGAGGAAGAUGAUGAUGAUGAUGGUGGUGGUGGUUUAUUUACUUGUAUUGCCUCCCUGUGCCACUUAAUGACUGGAUUAGUUUAUCAAUUAGCUAAGAGCUGAUUGACCCCAGUGAGCUCAUCGAUCAGCAAGCCAAGCCUGGGAAAGGCUUUUGGAACGCCGCUUGGUCCGGAUCCUGCUCCGCGGGAAAGAACAAGAGGAUCAGAAUUAUCCCGAGUUGUUCUGACCAAAGUGCAUAAAAUUAAUAAUAUAAUAAAUAUUUGAAUCCCCCUAGGUGAUGUUUAGUUCGAAUGUUAGUUUAGAAGUCUUUCUUAUGUUACAGACACUUGGCGCUUUCCCGGAGCGUUCGUCCGUCCUUGUGUGCGUUGUAAACGAUAAUGCGUUAGAAAAAGCGCAUUAAUUGGAAAGGUCCCACGGGAAGAAUUCUCAGAGAAAUUCACCACCUGUUUCUGUGCUCUUUUAUUUGGGAAUACUCCUACCAUUUCAGCAGGUGGCACUAUAGGUCAGGGCUCCUCUAAUAAAGUCAACAGACAUCUAUCCUGGGUAUCUUUUUCAUUUCCCCUCUGUGUUUAUGAUGUUUAAAGCUUAGCCAGGGAUAAUCUCAGACCUCCAAUGAACAAAAAAAAAAAAAAAAAAAAAAAAACUUAAUCUGAGCAAAAACUUGCUUCAUGUCACGCUUCAUGACUUAUCUGCCGACUUGGGGGUGUUACAGAACGGGACGGUUCACAAUUAAAGUAAAACGGGCGAGCGGGACAGGACGAUUAACCCGCUAAUGCUAUAGACUAUUAGACCUCUCCGUCUUACUCUCUUUUUAGCCUCGAGCCAACUCUGGGAGAAUGGGACAUUAGAUGAGACGGUUUAAUGUAAUGACCCAUUCUGUGAUUUUUACAAGGCAGAAUGAUUUGCAGCAAAGAGCAGGGACGAGACAUCCUUCUCGGAUUUGUCAAGAUUUGCCAAAAAAAAAAAAAAAACUGACCUUUUUAUGAAUGCAGUG